CCUUGAGGAUUUCCUCCUUUGGAAUAGCACCAUCAGCCUCAUCUAUCCACUAUCAUGGUCUCAUGGCUUUCUAAUGGUUGAGAAUGAUCUGCUUUUCAGAUAAUACCAUCCAGUCGAUUUUCUGUUGCUGCUGUUGCUGUUCCGUGCAGAAGCGGCAAGUGAGAACACAAAUAAGCCUAAGCAAAGAUGAAGAACUUUCAGAAAAAUGUCCUCAGCGUCACAGGCCGUGGUUCAGUGAAUUGUCAAGUAAGAAGCAAUCCGACAGGGGCCGCGUGCAACCGUCAAAACGCAAGCCGCUGCCUCCCCUCCCACUCUCUGAGGUUGCUGAAGAGAAGAUCCAAGUGAAAGCUCUGUAUGAUUUUCUGCCCAGAGAGCCCUGUGAUUUAGCAUUAAAGAGAGCAGAGGAAUACCUGAUAUUGGAGAAGUACAAUCCUCACUGGUGGAAGGCAAGAGACCGUUUGGGGAAUGAAGGCUUAAUCCCAAGCAACUACGUGACUGAAAACAAAUUAACCAAUUUAGAAAUAUAUGAGUGGUACCAUAGAAACAUUACCAGAAAUCAGGCAGAACGUCUUUUGAGACAAGAGGCUAAAGAAGGAGCAUUUAUUGUCAGAGAUUCAAGGCAUUUGGGAUCCUACACAAUUUCUGUGUUUAUAAGAGCUAGAAGAAGUAUGGAGGCUACCAUCAAACAUUAUCAGAUUAAAAGGAAUGACUCUGGACAGUGGUACGUGGCUGAAAGGCACCUCUUUGAAUCAAUCCCUGAUUUGAUCUGGUAUCACCAGCACAAUGCAGCCGGUCUCAUGACGCGUCUCCGCUACCCAGUUGGGCUGAUGGGCAAUUGUUUGCCGGCCACGGCUGGUUUCAGCUAUGAAAAGUGGGAGAUCGAUCCGUCUGAGUUGGCUUUUGUAGAGGAGAUUGGAAGUGGUCAGUUUGGGGUGGUGCAUUUAGGCAAGUGGCGAUCACACAUCCAGGUGGCCAUCAAGGCCAUCAAUGAAGGCUCCAUGUCUGAAGAGGAUUUCAUCGAAGAGGCCAAAGUGAUGACGAAAUUAUCUCAUUCAAGGCUAGUUCAGCUUUAUGGCGUAUGUACACAGCAGAAGCCUCUUUACAUUGUGACAGAAUUUAUGGAAAAUGGCUGCCUGCUUAACUACCUCAGAGAGAGAAAAGGCAAGCUUAGGAAGGAAAUGCUACUGAGUGUGUGCCAGGAUAUAUGUGAAGGAAUGGAGUAUCUGGAGAGAAACUGCUUUAUUCACAGGGAUUUAGCAGCAAGGAAUUGUUUGGUCAGUUCUACAAGUGUAGUAAAAAUUUCGGACUUUGGAAUGACAAGGUAUGUUUUGGAUGAUGAAUAUAUCUGUUCUUCUGGAGCCAAGUUCCCAGUCAAGUGGUCCCCUCCUGAAGUUUUCCAUUUCAACAAGUACAGCAGCAAAUCUGACGUCUGGUCAUUCGGAGUCUUAAUGUGGGAAGUUUUUACAGAAGGAAAAAUGCCUUUUGAAAAUAAGUCAAAUUUGCAAGUUGUGGAAGCCAUUUCUAAUGGCUUCAGACUAUACCGCCCUCGCCUGGCACCAAUGUCCGUAUACGAAGUCAUGUACAGCUGCUGGCAUGAGAAACCCAAAGGCCGCCCUACGUUCACUGAGCUGCUGCAGGUUCUCACAGAGAUUGCAGAAACCUGGUGACCUGAAUGGAAUGGCACCCCAGAGGAUCAUCUUGCAAAACUGUCACAAAAGGAAAUCCUGUGUAGGGUCACCGAUAGUGACUAUCUUCCUUUAGAGUUGCUGACGCUUGGAAACAGCGCAAAGAUCACAGGCUUUUCAAACUUUUUAAAAUUUAAGAAUAUUCUGACAGUUUUUCUACAUGUAUAUUUGAGAGGAACUUCUGAACUCUUAUUUUUCUGUGAUAUUCUUCAUGUCCCGUAUGUGAAGAAGGAAAAAAUGCUCUGUAGCAGUCUUCAUAGUGGCUCUCUUCACGAGAAUAGCCCUGAGAGCCCCUGAGGGUAUGUGACAACCUGACCCUUUCCAGGGCUGAGGACAUUUCUUUCCUGAAGGGGAGUGACAUUCUGAGUGACAUUUCCUGAAGGGGAGUGUUCCAUGCACAGAAGAUGAAAAGGAAUUCCGCCAACUCAUGGAAUAAAGGAGACUCCUCUGUAGAAUUUCAUGCCUUUGAACUGUACAGAUCUUUACAGAAAAUGCACCUUAACAAACGACAUGAAUGUGAGCAUUCUGGAACUGUCUUUUACAGUCUUCCCCAUGUUAUUUAAGAAAUUGUUUUUGUACAUAUCUCAUUAGUUUGCAGACAGUUUCUUGUAUUCCAGUUUUAAACACUGUUUUAGGACAUAAUCAAAGUUCUUCUUUGAAUAGGUCCUGGUGACAUUUCUAUUUCUAGUGAUAUCCAUUGUCAGGGACAAUUCAGAACCUGAGUCUCAAUUCUGAGAUUUCACACUUUGUACACGUGAAAUUGGACAAUUUAAGAAACCUUAUUUUGUCAUAAAAAGCACCUCCUGUUUAUUUCUAGAGGAUGAGUUGGUCUUUCCACAAGAACAAGAGGAAGCAAAAACAAGAUGUCCAAAUGUUACA